UAUAGGGAGUUUAGAGUUGAAACUUUACAAACGUACUGAGAAUAUAUUUGUAGCGUGCAAGAGAUUGUUUGAGAAGCCAUAAAAAUUCUUUAAAUAGUAAGAACUACUUUUUUACGUUGAGUAGGUGCACUUGGCUUUGGAAGGGAAAAACAUUUUUUUCUUUCACGAACAUCACAUACUACUUAGGCAUACUAGUCAUAGUUGCACUUAAUAUAAUUUACAUGGUAAUAUGCUCAAAAAGUUAUCACUAACAUUAGCCUUCAUCGGAUCAUUGUAUUUUGUUCGCUGGUUUUAUCUUGGUCGAAAAUACGUCUACUCUAAGAAAAGUCUCAGACAUAAGCGUAUACUUUAUAUUGGCCCUACAUCGUCCCUUGGAGUAGAAUUAAUCAAAGAAAUUUGUUCUCGAGAAGCUGAAUUGAGUGUUGCGACUUCAGAACCAGAAAUCGCUUCAGAAAUCUAUAAGAACUCAUUUUUCGAAUCAAACGUCCAAGUUGAAUUGAUUGAUUUCUCAAGGCUGCAAAGUGUUGGAGAAUUUUGUAAUCGAUUGAUAAGAAAAAGUGAACCCAUAGAUAUUUUAAUCAACGGCAUAGAAUUAAUCGAUCAUCCACCUGAACUCACAGAAGACAGAAUAGAGAUUGGCUUUCAAACAAAUUACUUGACACACUUUUUGGUGACUGUGAAACUUUUGCCACUUUUGAAAAGAGCUCGUGACGCGAGAAUCAUUAACAUUACUUGUGCUUCUCAUCGAACAGUUGAACGUACGCCUAAAAAGGAAUUUCAUCAACUCUACAAAGAUACAGCGGAAAAUCGAAAACUUGCAUUCGCUUAUAGCAAAUUCUGUCUCACGUCAUUUGGUUGGAAGUUAUCAGAAAUUCUUCGCUCACCAAACGUAUCAGUUCAUUGUGUUGAUCCAGGAAACUUCUCGAAAAAUCCUUUGAAGCAUUUGAUUGCGAAAACACCUAACGAAGCAAUUCAAGGAGUCUUGUAUGCUAUUUUAAGUGACCGAAAGCCGGGAUUCUAUAUUGAAGGAAUUGAGGACACACAUAAAUAUAAUCCAUUAGUUUGUAAUCACCUCUUGGCUGAUAUAUUAUGGACAAUCAGCAGGAAAUUGUGCGAAAGAAGAUUGCGCAAAGAAGUAAUCAACUUUCGCUUCUGUUCAGUUGUUAAGCCGAGUGAAUUUUCAAAAUGCUUGAUCGACAUAUUUGAGAUCAACAAUUUAAAUGUUGCAAAACAUCAAACAAAUUAUUUAUUGAAUGAAAAUAUUGGAAAAGAAUUUUGGGUGGAAAUUGGCCAUGGAGUGACACCAAUUGAUUGCUAUUUGGAGGAAUUCCUCAAAAAAAUGUUCAUGAAUGAGACAAGCAAAUGUUUUAUUGACACGAAAUCAUCUGGAACGAUUCAGUUUACUAUGCGGUUGAAACGAAUCGAGUUUGGUGGAUAUUUUUAUGAGAAGUCAGCAAUGGAAAUGCUUAUGCAAGCGAAAGUUUAUAAAGAUAAUGGUGUUAAAAUGUUUAAAUUAUAUCCUCCUUUUGCUCAUAAUUAUUUUAAUUUAGCUGCAAAAUGUUUACUAGCCUUUAAUCCCUUGGAUGAUCAAGAUGGAACUAUUGAUGGCGAUGUCAAGAGAAGUGAAUUUCAAGAACUUCUGCAGACUAUUUAUCUCAAUAUUGGAGCUUGCUUACUUAAACAGCAACGAUAUGAUGAUGUCCUACAUGUAUUGAAUUAUGUUACAACACAAGAUAAUCCUUCAGAAAAAGCAGUUUAUCGUCUGGCUCUUGCCUAUUUCAAUUUGAAACAGUUCGAAAAUGCUAAAGUCAUUAUAGAGAAGAUCGAUUACAAAAAUAACAAAGAUUUAGUUCAAUUAAUGACAAAAAUCUGAAGACAGAGUUUACGUCUUAGAAAAUCUGUAGUUUAUGCUGAAUCUCCUGAAGAUUCGUCGCUAAUUAAAAACUCAGAAAUUAUAUCACAAUCGAAUAGAGGUGAAAACAAAACACCCAAGAAAGGAGUUUCAAGAAAAACAAUAAAUGAGACUCCUAAUAACAUGGAAAAUGUCACCACCAGGAGACCAAGAAGUACCAGAAAAUCAGUUUACACUGAAGAAGAUAACGAAUCAUACACUCCAAAAAAGCCAAAUCGAAACAGAACACCAAGUUCUAAAGCACUUGAAUCUAUUGCCUCAGAAAGUUCACCAACUAUGAAAAAGAUAGAAGCACCUCGAAGAUCGAUGAGAAAAAAAUUGUCUUUAGCUGUUAUUGAUGAUGAAAAUCCUGAUAAUCGCCGCAAGAAAUUAAAAGAAAAUGAAUGUAUCGUUAUCGGUGAUGAAAGUUUUGAUGAUCACCAAGAAAAAGUGAAGGAAAAGGAGUAUGAUGUUAUUGAUGAUGAUUCCAUUGAAUCAUUUAAAUCGAGUAAUGAAAUCAAGAAUCCGAUGAAGACAAACAAUCUUUUUGAAGACGAAGAUAUUGAAGGUCAGAAAAUUUACUCGUUCAAAACCCCAAAGAAAAGAGAUUCAAUGAUGAUGCUUGCACAAUGCACUCCAAAAACCCCACGUCAUAAUGAUCCAAAUAAAACGACUCCUAAAACUCCCAAAAAUAAUCGACUUUCAGAGAUUCAGAAGACACCAACUUCUCGUCCAUCAGCAUCAAAAUUGACAAAAACACCAAGACAUGUUCGUGAUGAAAUUAAGAAAAAAUUGAACAAAGCGAGAUUAUUAGAACUUGAGUCUGCAACUUCAAAAACCAAAACAUCUGAUCAUACAUUGGAUCGAUUAAAAAAUUCUCGUAUUCCUCAUGAUCAACUGGUGAAAUUAUUGAGUAACAUGACUCUUAGCCAGGAACAUGAGCAAUCAGUUAAAGAUCUUCAUAAUGAACAUAAGAGCUAUUUCAGUAAAUGGUUGACUCUUUUCGACGAAGGUUUCACCGUCAUAUUGCAUGGUCUGGGAUCAAAAAGAAACUUAUUGCAAUCUUUUCAUAAAGAGAAAUUGGCUAACGAACAUGUUGUUGUAAUCAAUGGUUUCUUUCCAAGUCUAACUAUAAAAGAUAUUCUUGAUGCAAUAUGGGUUGAUAUUCUGGAGAAUUCUGGUGGAAGUGGUGGAAGUUCACAUGAUAUUGUUUAUCAAAUUGAAGAACAGAUGGAGAGUAUACCAGCGCUAAACAUUUUUGUUAUCGUCCAUAAUAUUGAUGGAAGUAUGUUGAGAAAUGAUAAAGCACAAAGUGUGUUAAGUCGAUUAGCCAGCAUAAGAAAUAUUCACAUGAUUGUUUCGAUUGAUCAUAUUAAUGCUCCAUUGCUAUGGAACAAUACAAAAUUAGGCAAUUAUAACUUUGUCUGGUUUGAUGUUACGUCUUUUCUACCUUACACUGAAGAGACUGCAUUUGAAAAUUCUCUGAUGGUUCAAAAUUCUGGAACUUUGGAAUUGUCAUCAAUGAAAAGUGUUUUCCAAUCUCUUACGACAAAUGCACGAGGAAUUUAUAUUAUACUUGUCAAAUAUCAGUUGAAGAACAGUGGAAAUCUCAAUUAUCAAGGAAUGUCAUUCAAAGAACUUUAUAAGACUUGCCGUGAAGCUUUUCUAGUUAGCUCCGAUGUUGCACUUCGAGCUCAAUUAACUGAGUUCUUGGAUCAUAAACUUGCAAGAACAAAACGAACAAUAGAAGGAACGGAAAAUAUUAUUAUUCCCAUUAGAAAUAUCUUGCUUGAACAAUUUUUAACUGACCAGAAUUGAUUUUUCAUUCAUGUAUCUUACCAGAAAAUAAAUUUUUCAUUCAAUAAAAAUAUAACGUUUAAUU